AUAAAUACACAGCAAAAUACGGCCAAGUUUAACUCAUCACACCAAGAGUCGACUUCAAACGAUUUGGGACUGCGUUUUGACAACAAGCCAGUUUCUUUUACAACAAAUGAUGGAGCUCCUACACCCUACUGCGGCACCCAAGGUGCAGCACAAGGACAAGCUCGCUGAGACCAAGAAGCAGGAGGCUGCCGUUCACGAGGCACUUAAGGCGCAGCAGAAGGAGGCCAAGAUUGCCAAGGAGCAGAAGCGGCACGAGGAGUCUCACUCCUUCAAGGAAGAGCGCGAGUACAACCUGGAGCUGGACCCCGAGGGCAAGCACUCAAAGCGCGCCGUCAAGGAGCAGCGAGAGCUGCUGAAACACGCGGAGAAGGCCGCGACGGGCGCCAUGUGCCAGCACGGCGUGCAGCGCUGCAAGAUCUGUUUCCCGCGUGCCAGCGAGAAAGAGAAGCACCAUGAGCACGAGCGCGGCCCGGCCCGCGGCGCAGAGGAUGAGGCGGACGCGUAGGCGUCACAGAUGGAUGGUCGUCAGCCUGUACCACGAACGGGCCUCGUGAGGCUCAACCGAGUCGCGUAGACGGCACCCGGCACGCUAGAUGACGGUGGCGACCUUGGCUGGUGCGCUGCAUCCAGGGACACUAACGUAGUCAGUUAUGCACGCAGUAUGAAAGCCCACGCCUCCAUGCAUACACAUUGAAGCACGGCAGACUGGACCGGCAUCGCUUUAUUUUGAAAUGAAUGUGCAGCGCAAAGCGGUGACUUGGCGCUCGGAGGCGUAUGAGCAGGACGUGCGUGUGCAUUACACGACGUGUCAAUCAUGACAGCAGUCCAGAGGUACCAUAUUGGGUCACAUACCAUAACCCAGACGAUUUUGGCAACUGCCAUGCGAAGCUACCUGCCCCUGCUUAUGCUCGGGGUACUUCGCAUGGACCAUGCGCAUGGCGAUGCAUGUACACGGAUCAAGUGUGGACGUUGUGGGUUGCCUGCGCCUUCUGUUGCUUUCAUGAAUGGAUACACAAGGAAUGGAAUGGUGGGCGGGUUUAAAGCCUGAGAAGGGCUUGUUGUCGCUCAGUGUCGCUGUCACAAGGCCACCGCCGCCUCACGUCAUCAGUACUGCACGGUACUUAUCCCGGGCGCUGAGGGGCUUAGUGGGCAAUACAUCAGCUGGGGUCGUGUAAGCACAAUCAACC